CUUGGAUCAUGCAUUUCUAUGGAUAUUUGUUGUAAUAUUUUUGAUUUAAUGCAUGCACCAUGGUGACUUAAUACACAUACAGUAUUCAAAUUCAAUGAUUGCAGUUCAGUGUCAUCAAAUUGUACAACAUGUUAUAUCUAAUGUUCAAAUCAUUGUAAAACACUUGCGGAAUGAUUUAGUUGAUAUCUUACUUUGCCGUUAAUGUUUAACGUAAGGUUAGAGUCCGCUUGCUGAGCGGUCAUUCACGCAGUCUGACUUUUUUCUUCUUUUUGCUGAAGAGAAAUACCUUGACUGACACACACACACACGUCAUGCGAGUGAAGAAUCCUUGGAACUGGAAAUAUAAACAGUUGGGUAGUCAACAAUUGUGGAACAUUUAAUCGACACAAGGACUCUUGACGAGGAGAAUGAAGGCUCGGGCCCCACCCCCACCAGUGGCCCCUCGUCACAUUUUUGCAAACAAUGUAUCUGAUGCGGGCGGGACACUGGGCAUGGAAUCCAAAGAGAACAUCAUGAGGCCCACUGUGGAUUUUGAGUUGACACUACCGCAGGGAUACCAGACAUAUAUAACUGAAGAUGGGAGUAAACCGCUGAUGGACUUGCUGGUUGACCUGUGUAGCCGCUACCAUCUUAAUCCAGCACUGCACACCCUGGAACUACUGUCGCCUGAAGGCCACUCCUUGGCAUUCAAGCCCAACCUGCUGCUGGGCUCCCUCAAUGUGGCCGGUGUCCUCAUCAAGGAGAAAGCCUGCGAAGAGAAAGUGGUGCGCAGACUGGCACCGAAAGUCCCUGAGAAAACAGUGCGUUUGAUGGUGAACUAUCAUGGCAGCCAGAAGGCAGUGGUACGCGUCAACCCAUUGGUACCACUCCAGGCCCUGAUACCGGUCAUCUGUGAAAAGUGCGAGUUUGACCCUACAUGUGUCCAGUUCCUGAAGGACAGCAUCAGUCGCCAAAAGUUACCGCUGGAUCAGUCUUUAACACAGCUGGGAAUUAAGGAGCUCUAUGUUCAUAUUCAGAGUCUAGUUCUGCAGCCUAAAAUGGCUUCUACUCCAUCGUUAAACUCUUCAGAUACCAUCUGCUCUGGCACUAACAGUUUGGACAGGGGGUCGAAGAAAGGCCUUUUGGGUUUUUUCCAGUUUGGAAAGAGGAAAUCCAAGACAGAGUGUACAUCUUUGGGCAUGGAUGACUCUAAUGAUAAAAUAAUCCAAAAUGAAGACCAAAGAUCCGCACUAUCAGCAGUCCAAGCUGUUCCCAACAAAGUGGAUCAACCUCGUACCUUAGACCCAUCACACUCAGUCAUGAAUGUUUUCAGGACAUCACCAAAGUGUGACACCAAGAAGAGGAGGGCACCAGCACCCCCUGCAGGGUCCCUGACCUUCUCGAGUAGUUUGGAGAGUUAUCAGAUGGGCUCUGUCUCAGAAUGCCAGCAGAGGAAAAGAAAGGCUCCAGCCCCUCCUUUGACCCCGGAUUCCAUCACCCCAGACCCUUAUGGUGCACCUACUUCAGCUACUUCCACCCCUGAUAGCCAAACAAGUGAAAACCAUUCUCCAGCCUUCUGCACUAAGAUGCCCCAGUCAACCACAAUCUCUUCUUCCGCUGUAAAAACAACAGCGAAGCCACAAUCCCCGAAGCUCAAGGAUCACCCUCCAUCUGUUUUCACUGUUGCACCCAUCAGUGCCUCCCCAACUCCUAGCAGCAGCACUGCCGACAGUCAAGUUCUUCAGGACUCCAGCUCUGAACUCAGCCACAGCCCUGACUCCGAUCUUGACACAGAUGACGUUGUUUCCCAUUAUAGUACCCUCACUAGCAGUACCAGUACUGCAAGCGGAUCGGUGCAUAGCAAACUCCCGACAAAAAGUUCCAGUACCAAAAUUAAGGAAUUAGAUAAGGUUAGCAAUAGGAUCUCCAGGGCAGCGAGUGAGUCAGUCCUUAACCUUCAACUGGAUGAAGUUGAAAGCAACGGACACGGUACAAUGGGAACAACUGGUCACCCAGCGCCACCCAAGCCCCGUCGAUCGCCAGCCUGGGAACACCCAACCCUAUCAACCCUUCCUCUGUUCUCACCUUCAGAAACCAGUGCCCCACAGAGCACCGUCGAGGAGGAGGAAGACGCUUCACAGUCUUGGCUCCAUUCUGUAAAGGGCAUGGGAGCCAAUGUCCAGGCCACUGAAACUAAAACACCUGAGGCUGAGACUUUGUCCCUGGGAAACAGCAGCAGUGGCAGCAGUUUGCCAGAUCAAGGUUAUGCCGCUUCUGAGGGAAUGGUAGAUGGUGACGACUCAGGCCUGGUGAGCUCCCCAUGUGACACCCAUCCCACAUCCCCAGACGGGAGUUUGUUUUUGGAUAGAGGUUUUGGAGCCAGAAGAGAGCGACUGACGAGGCCUGUCCAAGACAUUUCCAGUGACAGUGAUGAAGGAUGUGCCACCUGGGGAUCAAAUCACGGUCAAAGCAACCUCCAGGCAAAGUCACGAAACAUAAAGAGCACCUUUGAAGAGAAAUAUAAAUGGCUCCAUCAGAUGCACAUGGAAGCAGACGUUUCAGUGAUUCACAGUGUGCCAGUAUCUGCAGUGGACAUGAAUGUUCCUGUAACUGCCAUAGAUGAAAUACUGGAAGACUUUAAACCUCUUGUCGAAGACAAAAAGGCAACAAUACUCACUGGGAGCAAGUUAACAUAUCAUCAAGGUUCAGAAAGUGCUGCAGAGUGGCGCAACGAAAACAAUAAUGCUUGCACAGCAGCUUCCACGAAAAAAAGUUGCAUUGUGAAUGCUAAUCUUGAUCAGUGUAGAAUCACACUGGGAAAUGGGUCAAGUGGGUGUACAAAUGAAGAGAAAAAUGAAGAUGUGAAAGAGGAUACACAAAGACCAUUAUCAGUGAAACCUUGCAAGUCCCAGGAACACAGCAAAAGUGUGCCGCUAAAAACUCUCAGAUCUGAUCCCAUGACGUCGAAGAGUAACACUCAUUGUUUACACGAGGACAGUGUCGUCCUGUCCCAAGCCAACCAGAGAUCAUUGUCCACGGAAAAAGUAGACAAUACCAGUGUUUACCAAAAUAACUCCAGCCCAAGUAUGUUGCCCAGGAAAGUUACUUGCAAUCCCACCUCUCGAUUUGGAAUGAAAACAUUCACUGUUGUUCCUCCCAAGCCUUCUGUCAUGCAAGGUGGUACUCAAAAUGCGUCUGCCACAUUAACUGCUGGUGCUCUUAAAAUUGAUGAGCAAGGAAAUAUCAUGAAAAUGUUUGGUCACCCCAACGGAGUCGUUGAUGCAACACAAUCAGGAAUUACCAGAACUGAGGAGUGUCCACUUGUCGGAAAAGCCAAAGCCUUUUGGAGCUGCAGUGAAAGACAAGAAUGUGCCCUUCCUUGCAGCACAGGUGUGACAGACAAGGCAAGGAGGAGCUUUGAGAACACUGAAAAUGCUGGCAAUGCUGUGGUGACAUUGUCCACCGAUCGACGGGAACUCCUGAAAACACAACGCGCAAUUAUAAAUACUGCAAUCAGUGCCGCGCCCAAAGAGGCUGGUAGAAAAGUCAAUGACACAGUGAAUAGUGUCAUAAGUCCAAAAGAGCCCCAAGCAGAAAUUAGUAAAGAUAUUUCAGUAGCUGAGAGAAUUAAGCAACCACAACCAACACUCCCUUCAGACCUUCCUGCCUUCCUCAGACCAACCCGACGUACAUCAAGCCAGUAUGUGGCUUCUGCCAUCAAUAAAUACACCCCCAUGACAUCAGCAAAACCCAAAAUGGUGUCUUCGCCAUCCCAGUCCACUCCUUUAACCCAACAUGUUGCCUUCCAUACACUGGGUCACUCCAUACAAGUGAAUCCACGCCAGUCCUCCAAGAUAUCAUUGACAGAUAACAAGUUUAAUCAAGAGGGUCUUCACCGCCCUGGUCCUGUGAGGUCCAUGAGCCACCCCGAAUUUGCAUCAGAAAGCCAAAGAGAAGUGGGAGAUGACAAGGAAGGAAAUUGUGGCGAAUCCAUCAACGACAGCUCCUGUUCACUAGGACCAGUAUCGGACAGAAUUAAACACUUUCAGUUGAGUGCUACCACUCAGAUAGCCAUCGUCGAACGGGAUAGUCGAGAUGUCAAAGCGAAUCAGUGCAGAAGCCCCAGCCUUACGCGCAGGUCUCAUCAACAAUCAACUGCCAAACCCCUGACAGCCACUCAUCAAACAGCGGCGGCAAAGCCAGAACCGUCACGUAGUAUGUCAGACAGUGCUGUCAUUCCUGGACCUCCACCUGUCAACAUAUUUGGACCAGUUAAAAAGUUUAAGCCAGUGGUCUGUCGCUCAAUUGAGAAAGAUACCUCUCUGCACAGUCACCUCAUGGAGGCCAUCCAGGCAAGAGGUGUCAAGGACAGGCUCAGGAAGACAUCCUCAUCUGGUGCCAGAAGCAUGAAGGAAGCUUUUUCUGACGAGAAUGAGAGGUCUGCUCUUCUUGCUGCGAUUAGAGCCCAGAGCAGCACUGGAAGGCUGAGGAAGAUUAAAUCUGGAGCUUCUGAUGAGUUAGAAAAGUUCAGGUCAGCUUCGGGGGAGCACCAAAGACCACUUUCUUCAACUUGCACUUCUCCUGUCUUUACAACAUCUCCGCCGCCAUCCACGCUCGCGACUUCUCCUACUCCUCCCACCGCCUUGCACCGGUCGAAGCUUACCACUGUGGAUCGUCCGAAUGCCAAUGCCCUCAUGAACCCCGCCUUGGCCAGGGAGGCUAUGAUGGAGGCCAUCCGUUCUGGAUCUGCUGCCGAGAAGCUCAAAAAGGUUGCAGCACCCACAAAGACAGUCAAAGUGAAUGGCAGACUGGGAACAAUGCAGGCGACCUCUUCCAAUCUUCCCCGGGAAUAAACUUACCAUCACAAGCAAAACAUUUACAAAAUUCUUUUGUUGGGUGUGUUUUACCACAGAGCUUUGGAAUGGACAUUUAUCAAACUGGUCAUGUUAAGUCAAUAUCAUAGAUCCAAAUGCAUGACAUGAAUAGGGCAGAUAUGCAGGGGGUGGGAGGGGGGGUUCCAGUUCCUAAAGUCCUUCACAGCUCUUGACUUCUUGUGUGUCACCUCCUAAUUAGAGAAGUGCAAGACUACGACGACAACAUGUCGGGAAACGUAUUUUGAGCGUAGUUUGUGAAUGCCGUCCUACCCGAGGAAUGUUUUGUUGCACACAUUCGUCUGAUAAAGCUGUCGCAGGUGAAAGGUUUGACACUUUUCAUUCGUAAAAUCAGAGUUAUUUGUCAGCUCGGUUAGCGGCAGCCUUCUGGGAAAUUGUGUCCAUCUUGAUAACACAAAAACUUGCUUGCUAUCUUUACUCUGGCUUUUGCGGUUUUAACUGGCGCGUGACGCAAAAAUAAGUGCCAAUGAAAGCAGAAUAGUUCACAUGGUCUGUGCUGCUUCCAUAGCCUAUUCUUUUGUUCUGUUUGUUUUAUUUUUAUUUACUGCAGCUGAGACUUGGAUGCCUUCUAGUGUUGUGUUGCUCAGUGUUAUUAUGUACAAAAAUGUUUUCUGUAAGCAUUCCAACUGCGGUGCAAUACGUUAACGUUAGUUUAUCCUUAUUUGAAAUACUGAACAUGUUGAAAUACACUUAAGAGUGUAUUUUCUGUCAAUAUGGUAAAGAAUGCCAACUUUUUCAGUCAUGCUGGUGUGGGGACGAAAAAGAUGCCUUGGUGCCUUUUAGCUUAUAAUGCUACUGUUUGGGCUUUGAACUUUUGUGCUGCUGUUUAACACAAAGCGCUUCACGUGCAUAAGUGUUCUCUGGAAGGAUGUUCAAUACAAACAUACUGUAUAUAGUACAAGAGAAGGAGCUUACAGUUGAUGUUUGCAUUCACAACUAGGAUCUUAAGGUGAAAUUGUUUUUGGUUUUCCUUUAGUUGUUAAAGAAGUGCAUGUGCAAAUGUUGCCAGUAGAGCAGGGAAAUUAGUUAUUGAACAAAUAGCAUUUGAUUCGUGCAUACUGGCUUUGCAAUAUUCAUGUCAUGCAACAUAGCAGUUUUAGGAAAGCAGUAGAGAAUAGUGCAAUUGUUACCGCAUUUGAUACCUCGAUGAAAAGUUUACAGUUUGGAGGAGCUGUAUUUGAUUUUGGAAGAGUUCAUUGCUGCCAUCAACAUCGAUUUGGAUUUUCUGUUUAUACCGAAUACGUUUCAGAAUGGCAACCUGACUGACAACACUGAAAGCAUCCAUUUGCAGGUGCUGAAUGAAAUGAGUGAAGAGAUUUGAAUUCCUAAUUUUUUAAAAUAAUAUUUUAAUUUAUGCUCCAUGUUUUUUAAGCUAAAACAUAUAUUCAUUUGUUUUAUCCAGAGAAUACAACCGAGAUUUUUUUUGUUGUUAAUUAUACAGUAUUUUUGCUUUAUGAUUUGAUUGACAUAUAAUAGACCACAUUUUGAAGUAGCAUUGUAUAUUUUGUAAACAAAUGAUGAUCACUAUGGCUCGAGAUUUGUAUUGUUAGAAGCUCUUUCAGCUAAUGGCUAGAGAUUUAUACAAGCCACUACAUCCCCCCACCCGAAAAAAAGGUUUGCACAAUGACUUUGUCUACCUAAUUUUUGAUUGAAUAAAUACUUUUGUAAUUGCACAGUG